UUAUGUUUGCUAUCACGAAGUAGGCAUUGUUUAGGCAAUAAGCAAUGAAACUCAUGAAUCGAUUUGCUGUAGUUGCCAACAAUAAACCAGAAAAAGGACCAUCACAAGUAAUAUUAAAUAUUAAAGAUCAAGGGUCAUUUAACAGACAAAUACACAGUCAUAGAUCAUACUUAUGAUGCAGUUGUUGUAGGAGCUGGUGGAGCUGGAUUAAGAGCAGCUUUUGGUUUAGUUGAAUUAGGUUUUAAGACUGCAUGCAUAUCUAAGCUAUUUCCAACUAGAUCACAUACUGUUGCAGCAUAAGGAGGUAUUAAUGCAGCCUUAGGUAACAUGACAGAGGAUGAUUGGAGAUGGUAUUAAUGAUCAAAAUUUACAUAGGCAUGCAUAUGAUACUAUUAAAGGAUCAGAUUGGUUAGGUGAUUAAGAUGCUAUUACAUAUAUGUGCAAAGAAGCACCCAAGGCUGUUUAUGAAUUGGAAAGUUAUGGUUUACCAUUUUCUCGUACUCCUGAAGGCAAAAUUUAUUAAAGAGCAUUUGGAGGUUAAAGUUUGAAGUUUGGAACAGGUGGAUAAGCAUAUAGAUGUUGUGCAGUGGCUGAUCGUACUGGACAUGCUAUGUUACAUACACUUUUUGGCAGAGCUUUAGGUUAUGAUUGCAUUUUCUUUGUUGAAUAUUUUGCACUUGAUUUAAUGAUGGAUGAAUAAGGGUAAUUUUAUAUUUAUUAUAAAUUUAUAGAGCUUGUAGAGGAGUUGUAUGUAUGUCGAUGGCAGAUGGAUCAAUCCAUAGAAUUAGAGCUGGAUAUACUGUUAUUGCAACAGGAGGAUAUGGAAGAGCAUUUUAAUCAUGCACAUCAGCACAUACAUGCACUGGUGAUGGUGGUGGUAUGACAAUUAGAGCUGGUUUACCUAUGGAAGACUUAGAAUUUGUAUAAUUCCAUCCUACUGGUAUUUAUGGAUCUGGAUGUCUUAUGACUGAAGGAUGUAGAGGUGAAGGAGGUAUUCUGAGAAAUUCAUUGGGUGAAAGAUUUAUGGAAAGAUAUGCUCCUACUGCUAAAGAUUUAGCUAGUAGAGAUGUUGUUUCUAGAGCUAUGACUAAAGAAAUUUUAGAAGGAAGAGGGUAAUUAU